AUGGCGGCGCCAAAUACGAUACAAAGCUUGGAGCAAGCGCCUGCGCAGCCUUCAUAUGUACUUCGAGGCCACUCAGCGCAGAUACAUGCAGUGCACUUUCUUCGCGAUAACACUAGACUGCUCACUGGCGAUGCUGACGGAUUCGUGGUGCUGUGGAAUACAGCGACGAAGCGGGCAGUCGCAGUCUGGAAACCACAUUCAAGCACGAUUCUUGGACUAGAAAGUUGGGACGACGACAAAAUCAUCACGUAAGGAGCCGAUGCAUAUGCGAAGCUUGGGAUGGGGCUGAUUAUAGACAGUCACGGCCGUGACAAUAAGCUCUGCGUUUGGCAGCUCACAGAAGAAGACGAGCCUCAUCUCUCCAAAGCCCUUCCGAUCAGCGAAGAUGUGAAGGAGCGCAGGCAGCCAUGGCUCUUACAUAGUUUCAGGGUUCAUUCACUGAACUUCUGUUCCUUCGCAAUGAUCCCAGCCGAGCCCCACGGACACAAUGACCUUCCAUCUGACGGAAUCUUUGUCGCCACGCCAGGAGUUCAGGACGGCCAUAUCAAUGUCACUUCUCUGCCGGACGAAGACCGCAUCGCGACAAUACCAAGUCCGCAGGGCCAGAAUACUGGCAUGGUCAUGGCGAUAGGCCUCCAAUUCCAGAAGAACGAGGCUCGGAAAGAGCUCAUCGUGGUCGCGGGCUAUGAGAGCGGACAAGCAUGCAUCUGGCAGCAAAAGGACGCCAAGCGACACUGGCAACUCACUUACAUGCAGAAAUCGCACACGCAACCCGUACUUUCUCUCAGUAUAGCACCCACGCAGGGCACUUUCUUUACUUCUUCUGCAGAUGCUAUUGUGGCGAGACAUCCCCUGACAUCAUCCGUGCCCACCAAAACUAUUCAGACGAAACACGCUGGCCAGCAAGGUCUGGUUGUGAGAUCGGACGAGAGGAUAUUUGCCACUGCUGGCUGGGACGGGAGGAUGCGCGUGUACAGCGUGAAGUCGAUGAAGGAACUGGCUGUGCUGAAGUGGCAUAAAGAAGGCUGCUAUGCGCUUGCAUUUGCAAACUUGAGCGACAAGGACGACACAGAUGGAUCAGAGAAGACAGAGAUUGUGUCGAAAGAGGCCGAUGGUGCUCUGUCGAAGCGAGACCUGACGGUGUCCCAACAGCGUGCAGAGACUGCGAAGUCUACCCACUGGCUGGCGGCUGGGAGCCAAGACGGGAAAGUGUCCCUCUGGGACAUAUACUGA